CGCCCGGCGCGCGCCGCUCUUAAGGCGGCUCCGCGGGCUGUCAGCGGCAGAAGGGCGGCGGGGGCUCGACGGGGCGGCCAUGGCCGCGCUCAACGGUGCUGUGGAGAACGGGCAGCCCGACAGGAGGGCACCGCCGCUGCCGCGGCCCCUGAGGAGCCUGGAGGUGAAGUACACCAAGAUAUUUAUUAACAACGAAUGGCACGAGUCUACAAGCGGAAAGAAGUUCCCCACCUAUAACCCUUCAACGCUGGAGAAAAUCUGUGACAUUGAGGAAGGAGACAAGCCUGAUGUGGAUAACGCAGUGGAAGCAGCGAAGGCAGCGUUCCAGAGGGGGUCUCAGUGGAGACAGAUGGAUGCCUUGAGCAGAGGACGGCUCCUACACAAGCUGGCUGAUCUUCUUGAGCGAGACAGAGUCAUCCUGGCAACUCUGGAAACAAUGGACACAGGAAAACCUUUUCUGCAGGCUUAUUUCAUUGACCUGGAAGGUUGUAUAAAGACACUUCGGUAUUAUGCUGGAUGGGCUGAUAAAAUCCAGGGUAGAACUAUCCCAGUGGAUGAAAACUUUGUCUGUUUCACCAGGCAUGAACCAAUGGGUGUUUGUGGAGCUAUAACCCCGUGGAACUUCCCAUUGCUGAUGCUUGUUUGGAAGAUGGCACCAGCGCUGUGCUGUGGAAACACUUUGGUUAUUAAACCAGCUGAACAAACGCCUCUGACAUCGCUGUACAUCGGCUCGCUGAUUAAGGAGGUGGGUUUCCCUCCAGGUGUGGUGAACAUUGUGCCAGGCUAUGGCCCCACAGCUGGAGCUGCUAUUUCUACCCAUCACAGUAUUGAUAAAAUUGCUUUUACUGGAUCAACAAAGGUCGGAAAACUGAUCAAGGAAGCUGCUUCCAAAAGCAACCUCAAAAGGGUGACGUUAGAGCUUGGAGGAAAAAACCCCUGCAUCGUGUGUGCAGAUGCUGACUUGGACUUGGCAGUGGAGUGUGCCCAUCAAGGCGUGUUCUUCAACCAAGGGCAGUGCUGCACGGCGGCCUCGCGCGUGUUUGUGGAGGAGCAGAUAUACCCGGAGUUUGUCAAGCGCAGCGUGGAGUAUGCAAAGAAGCGACUCGUUGGAGACCCCUUUGAUGCCAGAACUGAACAAGGGCCCCAGAUUGACCAAAACCAGUUUGAUAAGAUCCUGGAGCUGAUAGAAAGUGGGAAGAAAGAAGGUGCUAAGCUGGAGUGUGGGGGUCUUGCCAUUGAAGACAGAGGCCUGUUUAUAAAACCCACUGUGUUUUCAGAGGUCACUGACAACAUGCGUAUUGCCAAAGAAGAGAUUUUUGGGCCAGUUCAGCCAAUUAUGAAGUUCAAGAGUAUAGAAGAGGUCAUAAGAAGAGCCAACAAUACUGAGUAUGGACUCACGGCUGCGGUGUUCACAAAGAAUCUGGACAGAGCAUUAAUGUUAGCUUCUGCAUUGCAGUCAGGAACUGUCUGGAUCAACUGUUACAAUGCACUCUAUGCACAGGCUCCUUUUGGUGGCUUUAAAAUGUCAGGCAAUGGCAGAGAACUUGGUGAAUAUGCCUUGGCAGAAUAUACUGAAGUGAAAACAGUCACCAUUAAACUCUCCCAGAAGAGUCCAUGAAAACAGAAGGCCUAAAAAUGCUGACACUCUGAAUGUGACACAUCGGGGGUGUAUUCAGAGCAAGUGGGAGGGGAGGGGUAGGAAAGAAAAUGGAAACACCUAACUUUUUUCCUCUAGAAACAUUGAAUCUACUGGACUCCAUUUUGUCAACUGGCUCUUGGAAAACUGAUUUAACUGACCCUACUGGCAGCAUAGCACACACGUGUACUACACGAGUCCCUGGCUGUACAUCUGUCUGCUACCUGUGACUAAAAUGCUGGUCAGUCACCUGUCAGCGGGACAUCUGCUUUCAAACUGUACCCCUGAAGGACUUGGACAUCAAGGGCGUGUUAGAGAGACUUCUGGUACCUUUAGCAAUUAGUUGAUUGUGAAACAAUUAGUUGAUUGUUAAACACCUUCAGAGGCAUGUGGGUUUCUCUUGGCAUGAAUGGACCUGAGUAGUAGGGCUAAUACAACUUAACUGACGUUGAUGGAGUUUGUGUGAAGACUGCAGAUGAAGUUUUGGAUGGGAGUGCAAACUUUCAAGGAAGGAUCUAAAGAAAUUUUGUUUGAAAGAGCUAUCUUGGUCUCUCUAAAGAUACGUGCAUCCUCCAUAUUGGUGAUAUUCUAGCCCUGAAUGAGAUUGAUGGGAGUUUCCUGGAGGACUCUUUUGGGGCCAUUAUUUCACCCAACAGAGCUAGACUUUAAAGUGUCCUUUGAACCUGAUGUUUUGGUGUGCACACAUUACACAUGCUGCAUAUGCAAGUUACUGACUUGCUAGCCCUUCUGGCUCCGAAUGAGUCACAAUUGUAUCUCAUACCUUCACUAUAGCACUUUUUGCAAGAGGAUUUUGCACUGUACUUACCGUGAUGACACAGAGUUGAAUUCUAAACAUGUAGCAUGGUAGAUACCCCACAGAAAACAUCCCACACCAGUCCUUCUGAUCUGGGAGAGGGAGCAGAAGAGCUGCAAGAAGCUGUCCUCCUCUCUCUUUCACUUUCAGGCUGUGUGAACAUCUCUUCAUUUUUUGAGCCAGAGCUGUCAUUAUGAGAGUAAAACUUAUAAGCUCUUCUCACCGCUUCUUUUUCCCUUGUGAAUGUAGCUUAAAAUAGAGUUCUGGAAGUACAGUAUAAAAAGGCAGGUGCUCCCAAGCACAUACUGAAUGCUAAAGAUGUGGGUGUACAAAUGAGUUACCAAGGAAUAAGCUAUGGCUGAACUCAGUGUGUCGGCGCCUCUGCAGUAAAUGCCCCUGAGAGUGCCGUCGUCUUGUAGCUGGUCCUUCACUGAGGAAUAAACUGCUUCGAAUUGUCUCUUGCUUAUAGUCAUAUGAGCAUGCACGUACAUGAAUAGCAUCCUCGGAGUGGCUGUCACACUAAGUUCAUGCCUUAGCACCUCCUGCUGUAAUUUCUUUGCACACCCAGACAUUACUUACUAUGAGAUUGAUGAAAAGCCACCUGCUGUCAUCAGAUCCUGAGUUCACUGCUUUCCUUCCCCCUCCUCCUGUUUCUGUACCGGAGAACCACUGGCAAGAGAAUGGGAAGUCCCAGGUCUGCAGGAGCUGUACGUAUGCAGGAUUUAGUGGUGUCAGCUUGUUAGGAAGUUUAGCUGAUCUCACUGGGCUCAUCCUCCGAAAGCAAACUGAUACAGGUUUCCUGUGGAAUAUUGACAGUUCUCCCCAGAGUGCUAGUAAAGACUUGCUUGGAGUUUUUUGGAUGUCAGGGCUUGAAGCAGGAAUGAAAGUCUAACCUCUAUUCUCCGAUGCAAGCAGGAACUUAACUGGUAACUUCUGUGAUCAGAGAGACAGCUAGUCAGUAACAAGCUCUGUUGUGAGUGGACCUUUUUUUGGAGGGGGAAGGAAGGUGGGUGGUGGUAAGUAAGGAAAAAGUUUGCAUGAGCCUAAACUUCCUUAUUAGUUGUUGAACAUUGAAAUUGCACUUCAACACUGCUUAAUGUCUUAAAUGACAUACCUCCAACAGCUGUGUACAACUAAGUGCCUGUCCUCCCAUGGAUAUGUGGGACAGGUAAACCUCCCCAUCCAGUGAAGAAAAUGUCCUCCCUACCCCAUGAAAGGCCAAAUGGGAACAUUGUAAAUAAGCUUCUAUUUUUGUAAUACACUUAGAGCGCAAACAUCUUCUCAGACAAAUAUUUUUACUUUUGCCUACUUAACGGUUUUCUAGGGCUGCAGUCAGACAGUAGGGAGGUAAGGCAAACAGUAAAAGGCUGGUUAUCUUGAUGUAUCUCUAUAUUCACUUUUGAUAAACAGUGGUUGUAACUGAAAUCAUCUGAAAAUCUUAAAAUCUUAGUAUUCUGGCUUUAUAUGUAUAAUAUAUAUUUCAACACUUUUUUUUUCCCGUAUCAAGUUUUUAAAAAGUUGAUGUAUCUCUUAUUGUAUAAAUCAGGGUUUGACUCUACACACUGAAUUUUCUAAGUUAUAUAACAUUAGACACUAACUUUAAAAUAACCCCUUAGAGGGUAUAUAUUCUUUCAUUGCACAGUAAGGCUUUCAUAUGAAAUACUACUUUUUUUAAAGAACUAUAUUUAUAAAUUAGGAUACAGUUAAUCUAAUGUAUUUUUAUAGCUAAAGGUACAUGAAAAUGCUAUGUUUAAACCUCUUGUAUAUAUCUAGACUAUGGGUAUCUUUUUGUAAUAGUUCUUGUUCCUAAUAAAUGUUUAACUUUGUGAAAUGCUUUUUGAAUGCUACAUAUUGGUAUGCCUCAAAGUGAGAUGGGGAAGAGGGAAACUUCUGCUGACUGUACUCAUUUUAACAGAGGAGUAACUAAUACUUUAUUUACACUGAUUAGCGUGCCUCAAGAUAAUUCUGACCCCUCUACUGCGCAUGUUAAGACCUUUUCCAUCAGUGUGCAACUUCCACUCAACUCAGUCCUCCUGCUGCUGUUUCUUAUUUCACUCUGAAUUUGGCCCAUUGUGUUAAUAAAAGUGAUCACUGGAAAGA